AUGUUCGGGCAUCAAUUGAUAUCAGCAAGCCGCAUUGGCAGGAAAUAUAGCAUCACGACAGCGUCAGAUGUCAUUAAACAGAAGUUUAGUUUUUCCGAAAGCUCGCAUUGUAUCCGCGAUUUGUUAAGUUCCGAUGUGUCAUCCAAAGUCGUCAUUAAUGGUUGGAUUGACAAGAAACCUAAGAAGGUUGGCAAGAGUUUGAUAUUUGGAACUUUAAGGGAUACCAAAGGGGAUGUCAUACAAUUGGUUGACUCGGAUUCCUUCUUGAAAGCUGCCAACGUCGAAGAUGUCGUACAAAUUGAAGGACAACUAAAUAUUAGGAAAGCAGCAAAUGAGGAAACUGAUGUACCCCAGUUUGAAAUCAAACUUUUAAAGGUAAACACACUGAACAAAUCCGGAAAGAAGCCCUCUCAGCUCUCUGUUUUUAAGAAUCAAGGUAACUUUCCGCCAGAGUUCAGAUAUCUUCAACUUCGACUACCUAAAUAUCAAGCGUUUUUGAAAAAACGUCAUGAAAUAGCAAGUCGAGUAAGAGAGCAUCUAAAUGGUUUUAACUUCACUGAGAUAGAAACGCCAAUUUUAUUCAAAUCGACCCCAGAGGGAGCUCGAGAGUUUCUGGUUCCUUCAAGAAACAAACAAAAUCAGAAACCUGCCUUUUAUGCGCUGCCGCAAAGUCCCCAGCAGUACAAACAGCUACUUAUGGCAAGUGGUGUUGAACGUUAUUACCAAUUGGCUCGUUGUUUUCGUGACGAAGACUUAAGAAGCGACAGACAACCUGAAUUUACUCAAAUUGAUUUGGAAAUGGCGUUCGCUAAUGGCUCUCAAGUCAUGCAAAUUAUUGAAAGCACAAUUACAAAGACAUGGAAUACGAUGUCGUCCAGUGGGAAUUUACAUACAUUGACUCGAUCCAACGAAAUUGUUCCUGUUACUCAAUCUCACCCAGUCACUAAGAUUACCUACAGGGAGGCAAUGACCCAGUACGGGAUAGAUAAACCAGAUCUUAGGUUUCCAAGUAUCAAGAUAGUUGACAUGUCAGAAUUUAAAGCCUUCGGCAUCGAGAACAACGGAUUUCCAAUAUUUGAAAUCAUUGUUUUGCGCAAUGCUUUCCGGACUUCGGAAGACUACAAAGAAAACUGGUCUUUCCUUUCUGACGAACAUCAAUAUAAAUUCAGAUCUCCUAUAGUGGUGCCAAUCGAUUCAGAGGAGAUGGAACAAUUAUGGUUUGAAAAGUUCAUGUCGAUAGCCAACUUCGAAAAUCCAACACUGAUGAAUCGAUUUUUGAAUCUUAAGCAAGGUGAUAUUAUAUGCGGCGCGACAAGGGAGCCGAGUGGAGCCUUAUUUGAGAAUCCCACACCUCUCGGUAGAUUGAGGCAACUGGUUACUCAAUCAAAGAGGGGUUCGGAACUUUAUCAACAAACUGAGAACGCAGUUGCUGUUUGGGUUAUAGACUUUCCAUUAUUUUCUCCUGCAGAGUACGAGCCCAGUUUAGGGAGCAAGAAGCCCGAUUAUCCUCAUUACAAUGCUGAGGUGUAUUCAUCUACGCAUCAUCCAUUCACGAUGGUUCAACUUCAAGAUCUUCACAAAUUACAGUCUAACCCAUCAGCAUGUUUAGGACAGCAUUACGAUUUUGUAAUAAACGGGGUUGAACUCGGCGGGGGGUCUACCAGAAUUCACGAUCCGGUAUUGCAAAAUUUCAUCUUCAAGUCAAUACUCAAGAUCCAAGAACCUGAAAAGCUGUUUGGUCAUUUGCUCACUGCAUUUGAAAGUGGCACCCCUCCACAUGCUGGGUUUGCUAUCGGUUUUGACCGCAUGUGUGCUAUGCUAUGUGGAACUAAUAAUAUACGAGACGUCAUAGCUUUCCCGAAGAGCAUAAGCGGAUGUGACCUACUAGUAGGAAGCCCCAGCAAUGUACCAAAGGAAAUUUUGGAAGAGUAUAAUUUGGAGUUUGCUGAUGAUUCUCAGAAAUAA